GUUUACGAGCUUUUUUUCUAAAAACCCUAAAAUCUCUCAAAAUCGAUUACAAUGGCGUCUCUUCUUCACGCUCAGUCUUCACCUAGUUUACCGGCGGCGGAUCUCCGGCGAUCUUCUUCUCUGAUUCUCCGCCGUCCUAGUUCGGUUCGAUUUCCUCUUAAGUGUAAGGCGGUGGAUUCGUACGGCGGGAACUCGGACGAUUUGUAUCUGCUUACAGGCGACGCCGUUCCUUCGAGUGCUCUUCUCUCGAGGACGCGAUUGGAAGAUGCGAUUAACAAGAACACUACACGGCUCCGUAUCUUCUCCGGCACUGCUAAUCCUUCCUUGGCUCAGGAGAUAUCUUGCUAUUUGGGUCUGGAGCUUGGGAAAAUCAAGAUUAAGCGGUUUGCUGAUGGUGAGAUCUAUGUUCAGCUGCAAGAGAGUGUUAGGGGUUGCGAUGUGUUCCUUGUGCAGCCUACAUGUCCACCUGCCAAUGAAAACCUUAUGGAAUUGCUUGUUAUGAUUGACGCUUGCCGUAGAGCAUCUGCCAAAACCAUCACCGCCGUCAUUCCUUACUUUGGCUAUGCUCGAGCUGAUAGAAAGACUCAGGGACGUGAAUCUAUUGCUGCCAAGCUUGUCGCUAAUCUGAUAACCGAGUCUGGUGCAGACCGCGUUCUUGCCUGUGACCUUCACUCUGGACAGUCUAUGGGCUACUUUGAUAUUCCUGUUGACCAUGUUUAUGGCCUGCCUGUGAUACUUGAUUACCUAGCAAGCAAAGGCAUAUCCUCUGAUGAUUUGGUGGUUGUUUCACCUGAUGUUGGUGGAGUGGCAAGAGCUCGCGCUUUUGCCAAGAAACUAUCUGAUGCUCCUUUAGCAAUAGUUGACAAAAGACGCCAUGGACACAAUGUCGCAGAGGUGAUGAACUUAAUCGGGGAUGUCAAAGGGAAAGUAGCUAUAAUGGUGGAUGACAUGAUUGACACAGCGGGAACCAUAAGCAAAGGUGCAGCUCUGUUACACCAAGAAGGAGCAAGAGAAGUAUACGCAUGUACCACUCAUGCCGUUUUUAGCCCACCUGCAAUCAGUAGACUAUCGAGCGGCCUGUUUCAAGAGGUGAUCAUAACCAACACGAUUCCACUGUCGGAGCAAAACUAUUUUCCUCAGCUUACAGUUCUCUCGGUAGCAAACCUUCUCGCGGAGACCAUAUGGCGUGUUCAUGAUGAUUGCUCUGGAGACAUUGAGCCAUUUUCGACAUUGGGGAUUGAUUGACUGAUGCAAAAGAAUGGUGAAAAAAUCGACUCAGACUCUCUCAAUAGUAAUGGGUUUCUGAAAAUGUACAACUUCCUUUUUUUGCGCUUGUAAAUGUUAAGACAUGUGUGUGAAUGAUUAGAGGAACCAGCUUGUAAGAAUACAUUUUCUAAUUUCCUUGCCUUUUCCCA